UCAUUAAAUCCACUCAUUUAAUCAUGGUCGGAUACGCUUCCCGUUUAUCACCUUUCCCUGUAUUAAUUCUAGCCGGAAUCGGGCUACUGUUGUGUAUUUAUCCACUAACAAUAUCAGGGACGCUGGAACAAAAAGAUAGAGUUGCUAGAAGCACAUCACCUGUGGAAGUCUGUCAGCCGCUUUCUUCUUCGGAUAAUCUGCGUUUAACAAUUUAUAUCACUAACAGCACCAUUGAAAUCGAUGAACUUGGUGGCGUUCCCGGCAAGUGGAAUCUUGGAGAGAGGUGCCAAGACCUUGUGUCCCAGACCACCGGAGGUGUUAGCUGUAAACAAAGGACUCGAACUAUUGUUGCAGACCUCAUUGAUCUGACUAAUGGGCGAACACAAACAAAGGAGGUUGUUGUGUCUUCUUGCGCGGCUUAUACUAUAUUGUAAUCGAAUUUCUUACUGGCACGUUGAAUUACAUUGUAAUAAAUCAGAAAUAGUAUUAGUGCAUGUUAUACUAAUUUUUUGAUCACAGAUGUUGUAAUCAAGAACAAAUUAAGAAUAUAGUUAGUAUUCAUUAUGUAGCUUUUGUCUCAAGUAAUAUCGUUCAGUGAUAUUUAGAAUUAUUAUGGGUAUGUCUACUUCUAUACAUUAUACUUUUUGCUGAUAGUAACAUAUCUCCGCUCUGUGCCUAAUUACUGUACCAUGACGGGCAAAACUGCAGCACAAACGUCACAAACCGAGUAAAAUAAAGUAUUCAAAAAAGGAGCAUGAAACAACUGAGAACUUUGACAACUUUGUCCAGUGCAUUAAAAUAAUCAAUUAUAUUUACUAUUUACCUAUAGAAAUUGAAAAUAUAUUGCUCGCAAAUGCUAAUAUUCGAAUAUUUUAAGACUUGCCUUAGUUUAACCCAGAACCUGGUACAAAUAAAAGGCUUCUAUUUAUCAUUAAGGAAAUCUUGAAA